AUGGCUGCAGCUGUCCAACAACAAGCUGGUGCCAACGCCGCCCAGCAGCCCCAGAUACAACCUUGCCGGUACAAGGUUGGCAAGACAUUAGGAGCAGGGUCAUACUCGGUGGUCAAGGAAUGCGUACACAUCGACACUGGACGGUACUAUGCCGCCAAGGUGAUCAAUAAGAGGUUGAUGUCAGGGAGGGAACACAUGGUGCGCAACGAGAUUGCCGUGCUCAAGAAGGUGUCCAUGGGUCACCAGAAUAUUCUCACCCUCGUCGACUACUUCGAGACCAUGAACAACCUCUACCUGGUGACGGACCUCGCGCUGGGCGGCGAGCUCUUCGACCGCAUCUGCCGCAAGGGCUCCUACUAUGAGGCCGACGCCGCCGACUUGGUGCGCGCCACGUUGUCGGCCGUGGCCUACCUGCAUGACCACGGCAUCGUGCACCGGGACUUGAAGCCCGAGAACCUCCUGUUUCGCACGCCCGAGGACAACGCCGACCUCCUGAUCGCCGACUUUGGCCUGUCGCGCGUCAUGGACGAGGAGCAGUUCCACGUGUUGACCACGACGUGCGGCACGCCGGGCUACAUGGCCCCUGAGAUCUUCAAGAAGACGGGCCACGGCAAGCCCGUCGACAUCUGGGCGCUGGGCGUCAUCACCUACUUCUUGCUAUGCGGCUACACCCCCUUCGAUCGCGACAGCGACUUCGAGGAGAUGCAGGCCAUCCUCAACGCCGACUACAGCUUCACCCCCGUCGACUACUGGCGCGGCGUCUCGGACUCGGCUAAGGAGUUCAUCCGCCUCUGCCUGACCAUCGACCCCGCGCGCCGCAUGACCGCCCACGAGGCUCUCCAGCACCCCUUUGUCGCCGGCUACCGCGGAGGCGCCGACGGCGACAAGGGCGCCAACCUCCUACCUACCGUCAAGAAGAACUUCAACGCUCGCCGCACCCUGCACGCCGCCAUCGACACCGUCCGCGCCAUCAACAAGCUGCGCGAGGGCCAGCUGCACGCCGGUCUCAUGGACGGCGCCAGGUCCAAGGAGCCCGACAAGGGCCCUGCCGCAGCACCGGCCCCCUCUGCUGCAGCUUCCGUCGUGAACAAGGCUGACAGCGGCGUGAGCGUUUCCGGUGCUAACGCUGCUUCUGCGAGCAGCGGUGGUGCGAGCAGGGAUUCCGGUUACGCAACGCAACAGGGUGAUGGCAGUACGACGGGGGCCGAGGACGUUGCUAUGAGCGAUGCCCCGCCGCUGGAUACCAACGUGGUGCCUGUGAGCCUGCGGCCGGGCAUGGAGGUGAACAAGGUAGUGGAGACGUCCAAGGGUCUGUGGCAGCCGCCGAAGAGGUGAGAAGGAGGAGGAGGAGGAGGGAGACGAAGGCGAAGAAGGAAACAUGGACGAGUGUGUAGCACUUCUUGGAAGAAGGGGGGGGGGGCGGGAGGCACUUGUACAUCCCCUUGAUGAUAAUUUUUCUUCAUUUUUGGAUGAAUGUCGUUUACAGCGAAAAGAAGAGAGGAAAACGUUUCAUGAUAUCCAGUCGGGUUGGCCUCGAUAUAAUGGCCGUUUGUUGAUUGAUGUUCUCUUCAGGGGCACACAGAAGCUCGUUGAUAGGACGGCUAUAUACUUCAUCAGAAAUCUGGUCAUAC